GUCUCGAAUGUUAUGUCAUUGCUGUCGAGGUAUAUCAAAGUCGGACACCUGCUUUAGAACUCAGUCUACUUUUAAAGCAUAGGAAGUGUGCACAUGAAUCAUGAACUUAUUAGUAAAAGUUUUCCAUUUUUCCACUUUCCUAAUUUACUCUAUCAGCGAGCCACUUGGAUACAAAGUAACGACUGGUUCCGGCAAUGAUUCAGAAAAUAUGCCAAAAGUUGAACAAAUUGACAUUGAUAAAGAGUUACAGAAGGAGUUAAAUACAUUGGAAAGUCGGCUUCAAUUUAUUGAAACAACUUUGAUAAACUUUAAGAAAGAUUACGAUGUUUUAAAUGAAAGCUACAAUAAUAUGAAAACUAAGUUUGAUCAGGCCACUGCACGGAUAAGCCAACUAGAAAAUUCAACCCAAGAAACGAGAAUGGAAGUAGCUGAGCAAAAGUUGACGUAUGCCAAUUUGCAGAGUGUUCAUUCUAGCCUCCAGAAAACAGUGAAUGACACAAAUAAUCGACUAAAUUUUAAAAGUGCUGUUUUGUCCACGGAAAUUAGCAAUAUAACUGAUGAAGUGGUAAAUAUGUCAAACCUAACCAAUCGUGACUUUGCCUCUCUCAGGAACAAAAACUUGAUUCUAGAAAACAAGUUCCAAGAAAUUACCAAAAACCAACUCUCCAUAGCAUCGACUCUUAACCAGAUCAAGUUUCUAAAACAUAACCCAGUUGUCUUUGUGGCAAAACUAUCUCGAGACCUUAUGUUAUCAAGUAGAGAAAUAAUUACCUUUGAUGACGUACACUUGAACGAAGGCCUUGGUUUUGACCCCGUCAGAGGAGUGUUUACCUCGACAACCAAUGGAAUCUACACAUUUUCUGCAAUUGUUGAGUCCACAAAUAGGCCUGUAAAAGCAGCUAUUUAUAGAAACAAUGAACCUUUUGCUCAGAUAUCUGGACCGCUCCUAAACAGAGGGGGAGCAAUGGCAUCCUCCGCCACUUACGUCCAUCUAGAUGAGGGGGACUUAGUGUGGAUUCAGUGGACAGGCGAUAAUGCAAUGAUAGGGCACCUGCAGUCGCAGUUUACAGGGCAUCUUCUCAAUCUUUAGCCAUACAUGUACAAACGCAUCUUUUUCUUAACAAAAAAAUAUUCAUAUCAUCCGGUGUUUCUGAGAGCAAAAAGGACUUUCGUGUGAACAACAAUUAAAUGUAAGAAUCUGGCAAAGACACGAUCUUGCUUUUAUUCUGUCUCAUUAAAUUGACCGAUGAGCCGAGAUAAUGUCUCAUUACUGGUCAGGAGAGUGUUCCAAGGGAUGCCCUAAUAAAACUUCAGAAAAUAAAUCAAAAAUUAAAGUGUCUGAUGGAAUAAUAAUGAAAUGAAAAUACAGUUGUAAAAUUUGCAUUUUUGAUGUGUUCUCUUGUUGUGGUGGAUGUGUAAUGUGUGAU